AUGAGUGAAGUCCGGGAUUCCCAACCGCCCUCCAGGCGCCGAGUCGCCUUGACUGUCCUGUUCCACUCAACAUGCGCCAUCCUCAGCACCAUCCUUUCCAAGUCCGCGUUGAACGGCAUCGAUGCACCCGUCACACUCUUGGCUUUUCAGACCUCAGUACAGGUCGUGCUCAUUACAGCCAUCGGCUACUUCACCAAAUGGAUCACUUUAUCAAGACCUGUUUCCGCAUGGAUUGCGCUUCUCCCACUCACUGCCGCGCGACUCGUCGGCAUCCUGGCAAAGACGUACUGCCUGGCUUCGGUCAAUGCCUCCGUCUACCAGAUUGCUCGGGGACUACUCCUACCCUUCACUCUGAUGUUGUCGCUCCUCGUCCUUCGACCACGCCCAUACUACCCACCGCUGUCGCUUGCCGGAUGCGCCAUGGUCAUGGCCGGCUUUGGCGCCGGAAUGGCCUCCGACUACAGCCAGAUGCUCACUAGCGGCAAGGGUGUCUUGCUGGGAGUUAUUUCGAGCUUCACUACGGCCGUCGAGUCCGUCGUCGUCAAGCGUUUUCUCGGAAAGAGCAGCGAAGGCAUGUGGCAGAUGGUCUGGAUGUCCAACGUUAUGGCUGUUGUGUUCUAUGCGCCGCUGCUCCUCUUGUCCGGCGAGAUGGGGACCACCAUGGCCCUCUUCAGCUCGACGGCAACAGCCGAGGUCUCGGCCAGCGCUCGUCAAUUCCUGGGCACCGCCGUGCUCACCGGCGUGGCCGGCUUCCUCCUCACAAUAGCCACGUUUAUGCAGAUCGAAGUCACCAGCCCGACAACUCACAUGAUUGUCACCGCCGCACGAGGCGUUGCUCAGAGCGCCAUCGCCGUUGUAGCUCUCCGAGAGCCAAUUACCGCCAAUCGUGCUGGCAGCAUGGCUCUUAUUUUGAGUGGCAGUGCUUUGUACGGCUGGGCGAAAGACCGUUUCGCACACAGCAAGAAAGGAAGCUAUCUGCCCGUUGCUCAAGACGCUCAGCUUGAAACUCUGAACAAAGAGGGCCGAUAGCUUUGUGUUCAUC